GUGGAAAUCAACGAGAACUUGCCCGCCGGAAAAACAUGAAGAAAUCACAGGAAAUUAGUAAGGGAAAAAGAAAAGAAGAUAGCUUGACUACCUCUCAGAGAAAACAGAGAAAAUUUAUUGUUUAAAACAAAAACACCCUGGCCGAACCACUCUACGAACAGAUGAAAAAUUGAAAUCAAAGAACUGAGAGAAUACGGAGAAGAACCACCAAGGCGGCCGCUGCCUGUCAGCUCACGGAGCCCGCCCCGCGGCCGGCAGUCAGGCCGCCAUGCUCUUCCGCUCCCAGACGCCCGGCGGCGGAAGUCGUCACUCGUGGAGGGACAGAAUCCACGCUGCGCACCAGGCAGCAGGCUCGUCAUGGCGAUGGGUGGUGGCAGCGGCGGCGGCGGCGGCGUUCCCGAGCCGGAGGACUCGGUGCUGUUCCGGCGUGGCACAGGCCAGAGUGAUGAUUCUGACAUUUGGGAUGAUACAGCACUGAUAAAAGCUUAUGAUAAAGCUGUGGCUUCAUUUAAGCACGCGCUAAAGAAUGGUGACAUUUCUGAAGCUUCAGAUAAACCAAAAGGCACACCUAAAAGAAAACCUGCUAAGAAGAAUAAAAGCCAAAAAAAGAAUAACACAACUCCCUUGAAACAGUGGAAAGUUGGUGACAAAUGUUCUGCCAUUUGGUCAGAAGACGGCUGCGUUUAUCCAGCUACCAUUGCUUCAAUUGAUUAUAAGAGAGAAACCUGUGUUGUGGUUUAUACUGGAUAUGGAAAUAGAGAGGAGCAAAAUCUGUCUGAUAUACUUUCCCCAACGUCUGAAGUAAUUAAUAAUACAGAACAGAAUGCUCAAGAGAAUGAAAAUGAAAGUCAAAUUUCAACAGAUGAAAGUGAGAACUCCUCCAGGUCUCCUGGAAAUAAACCAAAUAACAUCAAGUCAAAAACUGCUCCAUGGAAUUCUUUUCUCCCUCCACCACCUCCCAUGCCAGGAUCAGGUCUGGGACCAGGAAAGCCAGGUCUAAAAUUCAGUGGCCCACCACCACCACCACCGCCACCACCCUUCUUGUCAUGCUGGCUGCCUCCAUUUCCUUCUGGACCACCAAUAAUUCCCCCACCGCCUCCCAUAUGUCCAGAUUCUUUGGAUGAUGCUGAUGCUUUGGGAAGUAUGUUAAUCUCUUGGUAUAUGAGUGGCUAUCAUACUGGUUACUAUAUGGGUUUCAGACAAAAUCAAAAAGAAGGAAGGUGCUCACAUUUCAAUUAAGGAGUAAGUUUGCCAUCAUUAUAAAAGUUAUUCAGUGUUCUUUAAUAGGUGCAGCUGUCUCCCAAGGAGAAUGUAUUUUGAUGUGCUCUGGUCGAUGUGAACAAAAGUUUCAUCAUUUUCUUCAUGAAUACUUGGAUAGGUGCAUGUCAUCUACAUUUCCCCUUGUUGGAUGUGUCUCAUGCCUAAAUAACCAGUUAGGUAUUUGGAGAGAAUAAUUCAUUUGAAUAAUUGAACAAUGGAAAUGUGAGUGAUUGAAAGAAACUCAAGGUCACAUAUAGUGCAGAAAAUUUAUUCUGUCAAAAUCACAAUUAAGCACAUUUGUAUAUUGUAACUUUCUUAGUAAAUAUGUUAAGCUUUUUAUUAAUACUUUAAAAAUAAAUGAUCAAUCUUUUUUUUUUUUUAAGCAUGACCAUCUGAUUUUUUGGGGUGGGGGUGCAGAACAUACAUGGUUAAGUUGGAGUCUAUCUAAUGAUGUAGAAAAGCACUCCUCAAGCUUAUUUGGUAAAGGAUAGUAUUGAAAGAUGCAAGCACUUGUAAAACAAUGUUGCUGAUAAUUCAAAAUUAGGGAACAAAGCCUUGCUGAAGCUGAAUGUCAUAGUCAUGGGACUGGACUGGGCCAAUCAGGAACCAAGGCUGUGUCCUGUUGCUUGGAAGUUACACUGUCAGUCUCCUCCUUCACCUUUUCUUAUCUGUCUACCUCUUUUCUAGCUUUCUCCACAUCCUUGUCAUGCACACUACCUUGCAGUUCCAUCUGCCAUCCCUUUGACUAUAUGUCUCUCAGUUCAAAUUCUAUGGAGAGGUAAAAGUCACACUGUUUAGUCUAAGGAUUAAUGUCCAUGUACCAGAGAUUCUCCCUAGUCCAUUUAGCCAUAGGAGAAUAUGUUAAUAUGUUAAGUGCUUUCUUUCAGAGGUUUUUGCUUGGACAAACUAAAUGUGCCUAACAUAUUAGUAGCUGCCCAGUAUUUGCUGAAUAAGUGAAUGAAUAUUCAAGUGCCUGGUAAGUAAGCUUUGCAGAAUGGGAUGUUCUAUGGCUAAAGCUUUUUUGUACAGGGUAAGUGGAAUUUUAUCUUUUUUCAUGACAAUCAGCUAAUAUUUUAUACAUCUAGUGUAUAUUAAUUGCCUAAGUAUGUGCUGGGAUAAAUUUAGUUAUGAACGUAGCUUACUUGCCUUGUAAGAUUUUUGAAUGUUACCCCCCUUAAUACCUAAUACAGUUGAAGAGUAGUUGUAGGUUCCUGAAAGUCAUUCAUUUCAGCAAAUAUUUAACUUUGUGUUGGACACUCUUCUAGGUGCUUGGGAGACAGUAAUGAACAUAACAGAGGAAAGUUCUUGCUUAAAAUGGUUAAGAACUAACUAGUAAACAAGUAUAAUUUAUAAGGUGGCAGCUAGUGAUACAUGUCAGAGAGAAAAGUGAAAACAGGAAAGGAGGUUAGGCAGAGUGGGACUGGAAGCAGGGAUGCUUUUUAAAAAAUGGUCAGGGAACUCCUCAUUGAGGUGACAUUUGAGCAGAGAUUCAAAGGAAAUGAGAGACAUUCACAUAAGUAGAGGGAACCUCCCAGGGAAAGGCGUGAAGGGAAUAGCAAAUCAGCUUGGCUUGGAGUGGAAGUGAGCAAGGAGGAAAGACUGAAGGAAAGGAGGUAAGAGAGGUAGCCAAGGGUCAGGUCAUAUGUAGGCCAUUGCAAGGUCUUCACCAUUUACUUGGAGCUAGGAAUCCAUUGGAAGAUUUUGAACCAAAGGUGUAGCAUGAUCAGAUAUAUAGAAAGAGCCUUCUGACAGCUAUGUUGAAAAUACACCAUAAGUUUCAAGAGAGAAAGCAGGCUGACUUACUUAGGACCAGUGAGCUUGGAUCUGAGUGUAUUUUGCAGCUGGAGCUCAGGAUUUGCCAAUAGAAAGAAAGUAAUCCAGACUGACUCCCAAGGUUUUUGGCCUGAGCAAGUGAAAAAAUAAUGAGAUGGAGAAGUCUGCCUCAAGGGUACUUCUGUGGAAAGGAAGGAUAGGAGUUGGGUUUGGACAUGUGUAAUCUGAAAUGCCCAUUAAUAGGACUUGGAUAUGAAAAAUAAGUUCAAAGGAGAGAUCUGGGAUAAAGAUGAAAAUUUAGAAGUUAGCAUAGACCUGGAAUUUAAAGCCAUUCAAAUAGGAUGAGACAGCCCAGGAAGUGCAUUUAAAUAGGGAAGUUAGAGGAGAACUCUGGGAUAUUCCCCAUGUUUAGAGAUGAGGUAUGAGGAGAAGCAGUAAAAGAGACAGCUCUCAAUGAGUAAGGAAUCCCAAAGGGAUGCCCUGGAAGCCAAAUGAAGAAAGCGUUUUGAGGAGUAAUGGGCGGUAUCAAAGGGGCCGAUAGGUCAGAUGCUGCUAAUGAGUCACGUAGGAUGAGGACUGAGAAGUAUUCACUGAAUUUAGCAAGGUGGAGAUCAUUGGUGACCCUCAUAAGAGCUGUUUUGGUGAAACAGGAGGUGGGAGAGAAUGUAACAGUUGAAGACAGCACAUAAAAACAACUCUUGCAAGGAACUUUGUAUUUCUGAAUUUUUGUUACAUUUGGGUUAUUAGUAAAAAUCCUAUUAGAUAUAACUUUGAAGUUUUGGUGAAGCUUGUUUAAGUUGUGUGUGUAGUAUACUGUAUGUGUGUAAAUUUUAUAUAAGAGUUCUUACUGUGGGUCAUGGUUUAAAAAAGUUUUGAAAAAUAC